AUGAGAACAGCCACCUCGUGCUCCUUCGUGGCCCUGGGACUUUUGCUGGUCGCCGCAGCUCAGACCUCCAAGAAGCGGCAGCCGCAAAGGCCGAGGUCUUUUAAAUGUGGUGGUGCUCUAACUGGAUUAUCAGGGUUUAUUGGCAGUGAAGGAUACCCAGGAGUCUACCCUCCAAACAGCAAAUGUACUUGGAAAAUCACAGUUCCUGAAGGGAAAGUGGUUGUCCUUUCCUUUCGAUUCAUAGACCUGGAGAGUGAUAACUUGUGCAGAUAUGACUUUGUGGAUGUGUACAGUGGCCAUGACAAUGGACAACGCCUUGGCAGAUUCUGUGGCACUUCCAGACCUGGUUCUCUGGUAGCUAAUAACAAUAAAAUGUUGGUGCAAAUGAUUUCAGAUGCCAAUACAGCUGGAAAUGGCUUUGUUGCAAAGUUUUCUGCAGCAGAACCACAUGAGAGAGGAGAUCAGUACUGUGGCGGACGACUGGAUAAGCCUUCUGGAUCCUUUAAAACUCCCAACUGGCCCGAUCGAGAUUACCCGGCUGGAGUGACCUGCUCAUGGCACAUUGUAGCUCCAAAGAAUCAGCUAAUAGAAUUAAAGUUUGAAAAAUUUGACGUGGAGAGAGAUAACUACUGUAGAUAUGAUUAUGCGGCUGUGUUUAAUGGCGGAGAGAUAAAUGAUGCUAAACGAAUUGGAAAAUACUGUGGAGACAGUCCACCAGCGCCUAUUGUAUCAGAGAAAAAUGAGUUGCUUGUUCAGUUCUUGUCGGAUUUAAGUGUAACUGCUGAUGGCUUUAUUGGUCACUACAAAUUCAGACCUAAAAAGUUGCCUACAACUGUGUCACCAACUACCACUGCAACUCUCCCUGCCACACCAUCUUUGAAACCUACAGUUGCCCUGUGCCAGCAAAAAUGCAGAAGGAGCGGAACCCUUGAGAGCAAUUACUGUUCGAGUAACUUUGUAAUAACUGGAUCUGUUAUCACAACAAACACCAAAGGUGGAAGCUUGCAUGCAACAAUAUCAAUUAUUAAUGUAUACAAAGAAGGAAAUUUAGCAAUCCAGCAAGCAGGAAAAAAUAUGAGUGCCAAAAUAGUUGUUAUCUGUAAACAGUGUCCAGUUAUCAGAAGAGGACUAAACUAUGUUAUUAUGGGCCAGGUAGAAGAGGAUGGCAGAGGUAAAAUCUUGCCCAGCAGCUUUACCAUGAGUUUCAAGACCAAGAAUCAGAAAAUUCUGAAUACCUUGAAAAACAAACAAUGUUGAAAUGUGAAUUAUUAAGAGCUUCAUCCUGUCACAUAUCAUCCAAGACUGCUCUUCAUGCCAUUUUCAAAAACAUGGUGGUAUAGUUUC